CUAUGAUUCACGCUUUCCAGGUUCUCUUGUGUAUUGGCAGCAUCGGUCAAGUCUUUGCUCUCUUCAUGACUUCUCUCUGUAAGCUGUAUUACCAGGCUUUCUUAGCCCAGGGAGUUUUGCUCGGAGUAAGCAUGUCGCUCAUUUUCUGUCCCCCUGUGGCUGUGGUGUCACGCCGCAUGCCUCAUCGCCGUGGCCUUGCCCUGGGCCUCACAAUUGGCGGGUCCUCCAUCGGUGGCAUCAUCUGGCCGAUCAUGCUGGAGCAACUGCUGAACAAACGCCAGCUCGGUUUUAGCUGGACUAUGCGGGUCGUUGCUCUCACCAUGGUCCCCCUUCUCGCUAUCACCUGCAUCACUGUGGUUGAUGCCCCCACACCCAAGGCAUCUUUGAGUCCACUCCAGGCGGUAUUGGAUAAGAACGAGAAGGGAGCGGUAUCAUCGAAUGAUGAGAUACAAUCUCAAACGGAGUCCGGCUACUCGAUCCUGAAGAAUACGACAUUUAUACUUCUCUGUGGAGGGUUAGCGCUCGGCUACUUUGGACUCUUCACUCCCCUCUUCUUUAUCACGGGCUUCGGCGCUCAAUACGGGUUGUCCACAUCGACAGCAUUUUACCUUUUGUCCGGGCUUAACGGCGCUUCGUUUCUGGGACGAGUUGUCCCUGGUCUUCUUGCAGAUCGGUAUGGGCAUUUUAAUCUUUGCGCGCUGGCGACUCUUGCGGCUGGUAUCGUUGGUUUUUCCUGGACAGCGGCGACGUCUCUUCCUGGUUUGGUAGUGUGGAGCUUGGCGUACGGGUUUUCAUCUGGAGUGAGUAGAUUUGUAUUGUGAUCUUCCGUGACGAUGGCUGACGCAUUUGUAGGCCAUCAUGAGCUUGCAGGGUGCAUGCAUAGGAAAGAUUGCGCAUCAUCGUCAUCAGGGGUUGGCUGUCGGCUGCAUGAUGGGCUCCAUCGCUGUGACGUGAGUCGUCCCUCGUCUCUUUUUCCAUGCCUAGGGCGAUUUGUUGUUACUGAUCAUGAUAAUGGGCAGCGCUCUUGUCGGGCCUCCCAUCAGCGGCCAGAUUCUUGCGCACGCCGGAUAUCUCGCGUUAUCGAUGUGGACCGGCGCAACUCUCGUGGUCGGAGCUGCCAUCCUUGCUGUGGCCAGAUGGCGGUUAAACAAUAGUUUGACUGCAGCCGUCUAAAUCCAGAUAUCUUUCAUCCAUCUGCAGACCCGUAUGGUUCUGGCUUCGCUGCGAUGAUUUUUCCCGAGUCCAGGAUACUUUAUGGAGAGGUCCAUGUGCGGAGG